ACCUGUAGUCUUUAUAAUGAAGGAUCCCUCAGGUUGAGCCGGGUGCAAACAGUCAUGGCAGCUCUCAGGACUCUUCUUCUGGCUUUAGCCGGUUUUCCCUGCAGCAGGACCUCAGAGUGCUCAUACUUCGGUCUGCUGGAUCACCUGAACAUGACGAAGUCGAAUCAAGCUCUUAAAAUUUCACGUCCUGUAAAGAACUGGACCUCGACCACGUUGGUUCAGCUGGACAUGGUUCUGGACGGGAUUUUAGACAUGGAUGAGAAGUUUCAAACGAUUACAAACCACAUCUGGCUCAAAAUGUAUUGGAUUAAUGAAUUUCUAAUCUGGAAUUCCUCUGAGUUCUGUGGGAUUAAAAUGCUGACCGUUCCCAGCUCCAUGCUCUGGACUCCGGAUAUAAUCAUCCAGGAGGACAGCUCUAAUGAUGGAGGUUCUGACGAGGAUCCUCUGGUCAGCGUGUUUUCAUACGGGCUGGUCAUUUUAAACAAACGGCUCCAGCUGACCUCCGCCUGCAAGUUCGACUUCUUUAGGUUCCCAUUCGACACCCAAACCUGCAACAUCUCGUUUUCAUCCAUGACUUAUGAUGAAAGUCUGAUGAAACUGGGAAAAGUCAUGAGUGACACCCUCCUGACUGAGGUGUCUGAGCAGAUCAUGCUGACAGCGGGCGAGUGGAAACUCGUCAACAUAACAAUUAUCAACUUCACUUCUGUCACCAUGAAAAGUAAACUUGUUUACAGGAUCUCCCUUGAGAGGAAGCCAUUUCUUUACAUAAUCAACUUAAUCGUGCCCUUACUGUUUUUGCUGGUUCUGGAUUUGGCCUCUUUCUUCAUCAGUGACAGCAGCGGCGAGAAGCUGGGCUUCAAAGUGACAAUACUGCUGUCCAUCUUUGUCUUACUGUCGAUUCUCAAAGACAUUUUGCCGUCCACUGAAGAAUCCCUGCCUCUGAUGGCCAUCUACUGUGUUUUGGUGUUCACCCUGGUGUGGAUUAAUGUCCUGGAGACCAUGCUGGUGGGCUUCCUGAAGGAUUUCCUCUGCUGUGGUGAUGAGGACGAUCGUAGCUCAGAGGUCUUCCAAGUGAAAACACAGCAGGAAGCUGACAACCAUAAAGAUUCUGCAGGAGUUGCAGAGGUGGCUGAAGCAGAAACGGUCAACCGUCCACUGGAAGGACGUGGUCAUGGAGAACUGAAACUACGGAAACUGAUUAAGGGGAAACUGAAGCCCCCCCAAACCCCCCCAGAAAGACAGAACAGCAGGGUGGGGAGGUCUGGGUGCAGCAGGCUUAGAUUGGUUAAAAUCUUUGACUCUGUGUUCUUUGUUCUGUAUUUUAUUACUGUUGUUUCUUCUCAGGUGUUUAUUUUUGUUCUUUGGAGUUCAACCUUUCAGAUCUUCUGACCUGUUUCUCUAAACCUUAUUUCAGAGUUCAAUUUCAAAGUUCCUGGCUUAUCUAUAUAUUUUGUUCACACUGCUUAACUGAAGUGAAGGUCUAUUCCUAAAUACAUUUUAACUCACAAUAAAACAUAAAACAUUC